GCAUUAAAACAGCAUCUUCAACUGGAAGAUAGAUUAUUGACUAAUACCAUGUCUGAAUCUUCUGUCUUCAUGUCACCAUCACUCCAUCAACAACCUCCCCUUUUAAAUUAGUGCCUGACUGUUUUAUUCGCUUUCCCAUUAAAAUGAUCACUUCUUAAUGCUUAAUUGUUUGUUUCUUUUUUUUGUUUAUUAAAUUUUACUUUUUUUUAUUUGUAUUUUUUCCUUAUUAUUCCAUAGUUGUUUACCUGAACAUUCCAAGUCAACAUUCCUAUACUUGAAAUUAUAUUGUUCCAACUCUUCACCUUUCUUCCAAAACUAUUCAUUUGCAAGCAAAGCAACGUAUUCUAGUUAAUUUUUCCAGUUUUCGCAUUUAUUUUUAUUUAAAUUAUUUUUUUGGUGCAAAAGACGUAGUGACAACAACAGCAACAAAAUUACUACAUUACCAUCUUCAUCAUUUUCAUCUAUUUAUCACACCAUCAUUCUAUCGCAUUCAUUGAAACACAAUCAUUCAGCCAUGGAUUUGCCUCUGGUCAACAUUACUGGCGAUAUUACAUUUUCAUUGCAAUCUGGUCUGAUUCGGGAUGAAGUAAAUAUUAAUACAAGUAAACUUAAUCUCAAAAGUCUAAAGGAUCUUGCCUGUAAUUUUAUUGACAAAAAGUAUCCCGAACAUGGUCUCAACAAGCUAGACGAACGUCUCAUGCUGUUUAAGCAUGAAUAUAGCUCAACAAAUAUGCUUUUACCGAUAAACAUUGCUUCCGAGGUUACAAAUGGUUCCUUAAUAGAAGUUGUUGUAUCUUUAAAAGAUCCUUCCAAUAACGAUGAGCUCUCCAUACGGCCUCAUCAUCUUAAAAUGCACUCAUAUAUGUCGCCCACUUUUUGCGAUUUUUGCGCGAAAAUGCUAUUUGGUUUAGUUAAACAGGGACUCAAAUGUGAAGGUUGUGGUCUUAAUUAUCACAAAAAAUGUGCCUACAAGAUACCCAAUAACUGUAUCUACGGAAGCCGUCGUCGAUCCUCAGCCCAUCUUAUUCCCAAUUCACCAACAAAUGAAACGGUCCAGAGGACAGCAAGUAGUGGAGCAACCUUACCAGAGGCACCGUCUUUCCUUUCCUCCCCCAGCCAUGACCGUCGUGCUUCUGCGGGUAAUGAGAAAAGCUUUAGUUUGACCGUCAAGCCAAAUCGUCUCGAUAAAAGGAUUGCCGAAGGGAUGAGGAUACCUCACACUUUUGUUGUUCAUUCGUACGUCAGUCCAACCAUUUGCCAAUGGUGCAAGAAACUAUUGAAAGGGAUAAUCCGGCAAGGUUAUCAAUGUAAAGAUUGUAAAUUUAAUGCCCAUAAAAAGUGUAUGAAAGAUAUACCAUCAACCUGUACCGGUGAGAUUCCAUCCGAUUAUGGUGAAGGUGAGGAUAGCCUGGAAAAAGAUACUCUCAGUGAUUCAGAUAAUGAAACGGAAAGUCCAGAAAAACCUAGGAGUAUUGUUACAGACGAUGAUGACAAUGAAAGUGACAAUCAACCCAUAACUUCCACUGAAAGUAAUAACAUUCCUUUGAUGAGGAUUGUCCAGAGUGUCAAGCAUAAUAAAAGAAGAGGUUCAGAAGUAAUCAAGGAAGGUUGGAUGGUUCACUUUACAAGUAAAGAUUCAAUGAAAAAACGCCAUUUCUGGAGACUGGAUACAAAAGCAAUCACAAUGUAUCAAAAUGAAAAUUCAUCCAAUUAUUAUCGUGAAAUCAUUCUCUCUGAUAUUCUGUCCAUUUUUCCUUCCAAAAAUGGUGACUGUGGCUUUGAGAUGCGCACCACUCACCUUAAUUACUAUUGCGGUGAACCGGGUACCGCUACAGCCUGGGAAUUGGCCAUUAGACAAGCGUUGAUGCCAGUGGCGGAUAACAAGGCAAUCACAUCAAUCAAAGAAACUGAUGCAUUCAAUAGAGUUGGUUUACAUGCAGGUGAAAACCGUGUUCAAACGGACAACGACAUUUCCCUUCAAUAUCAAAUAUUUCCAGACGAAGUUCUUGGCUCGGGUCAAUUUGGUAUUGUCUAUGGAGGUGUUCAUCGGAUAACGCGUAGAGCGGUUGCCAUCAAAGUAAUUGAUAAAUCACGUUUUCCAACCAAGCAAGAGGCUCAAUUGAAAAAUGAGGUUUCAAUAUUGGAAAAUCUUCACCAUCCAGGAGUUGUAACGUUGGAAAAGAUGUUUGAAACCAAGGAUAGAAUCUAUGUUGUCAUGGAAAAAUUGAAGGGUGACAUGCUUGACAUGAUUUUACACACUGAAAAGAAGAGGCUAGAUGAGCGUGUAACUAAAUUCUUGAUUUACCAAAUUUUAAUAGCUCUUAAACAUCUUCACUCACAAAAUAUUGUUCAUUGUGACUUGAAACCUGAAAAUGUUUUGCUCUCGUCCGAUGCUGAUUAUCCUUUGGUUAAAUUGUGUGAUUUUGGUUUUGCUCGUAUUAUUGGUGAAAGAUGUUUCCGUCGAUCAGUUGUUGGAACACCGGCUUAUCUUGCCCCUGAAGUGAUCCGUAAUAAGCGUUAUAAUAGAUCAUUAGAUAUGUGGUCGGUUGGUGUCAUCGUAUAUGUUAGCCUCAGUGGAACCUUUCCCUUUAAUGAAGAAGAAGAUAUCAACGAUCAGAUUCAGAAUGCAGCUUUUAUGUAUCCUAAUGAUCCAUGGAAAGAGAUCUCAGCUGAAGCAAUUGACCUAAUCACCAAUUUGCUUCAAGUUAAAUCAAAGAAUCGUUACACUGUCGAUAAAUCUUUAUGUCAUCCUUGGUUAGAGGAUUAUCAAACUUGGUGUGAUUUACGAGACUUAGAGAAACGAAUGGGCCAACGUUGGUUAACUCAUGAAUCUGAUGACGCUCGAUGGGAAUCUUAUGGACGCCAGUCUAAUCUUUACAAUAAUUAUCGAGGCAAUUUCACGUCAUCUUCAUCUAAAGAGUUCAGGUCUCCUUUACCAGAAGAGUUAGGAAACAACGAAUCAAGCAGUGAUUAUGGUUAUAAAAGUGAUUCUUCCGAUACAAAACGCAAUGGUGCCAAUCCAGAUUUUAUUAAUGACUUAGACAAGUUACGAUAAACAAAAAAUAACUGCUCAAAGUCAGUUGAAAAAAAGGCAAUCAACAAAAAAAAACUAAUUAAAAUAAUAACGUGUGCUUAAUUGAGAUUCAACUGAAUAUACAAUGUGUUAUAAAACGGAUGCUUGUUGAUUUUAAAUGCACUCUUGCAGCCAAUCUUUCAUUCAUCGACAAUUUAACUUUACAAAGGUGCUGAACAAUUCAAAAUUGCAAACAAAAGUCUUGAUAGUGAUACGUUAAAAAAUUACCAGCCAAAAAUGACUUUUUCAAUUUGUUUCGUUUUUCGUAUUCAAGAAAUAAAAGCGUCUGUACCCUGAGAAUGUGAGCUUUGAAAAUGACUUCGCCUAUUUUUCCUAUCCAGACUUUUUAAUAUCUUGUAUUGUCAUCCAAAAAUUGAAUUAAAAACAAGAAACACUACACAACAAAUCAUGCUCUUAUCUCACAAACUCAACGGAAAUGGUAAAAUGGUUUAAUAUCUGUUUUGAUGAAUGGCAAGAUUAACGAAACGGUUGAAAAUUGACGUUCACACGCUAAAAAGGAUAAUCAACAACCUCUACAAUAUUGAGAGAAAGUUUAAACAUUAAGCAUUCGUUUUAUAACACACUGAAUAAAUGUGUAAACAAUUUAUAUUUAUAAAUGACUUGGGUUCUAUUCAACCUUAA